ACUUUUUGUUUAAUUAAUUUAUGUCUCUUUCAGCUUUAAGGGCAACAGUUUCAUUCCUGACAUUAAAUUCCCUACUACAGAUAUAUGAGAAUCAACCUGUAGAAUUUUGGGAUUCAAACUAAAUGAUGUCUCAUCCAAGAUUAACUCCCAUAUUCUAAUCGAAUCAAUAUCUGAAUUUAUUAGCUGGGUUUUUCACUCUUACAUUAAUUGAUACUUCUAACAAACUUCAAUUUGCAAAUUCAAUUGCAGUUGCCACAUCCGUUAUCAUCUAAAAUUUGAAUUUGUUUUUACCUAAGACUUUCAAUAUGAUAUCAAUUUACUUCUAAUUGAUCAUUCUCAUUUCCCAACUCUUCAUGCUGUUAUCCUCAUAUUAUGAAAAAAUGUAAUUCGACAAGAUUCCCCAACCUCAUGCUUCAUUUCAAAUUCAAUAAAGUGUCAAAUAAUAAAAAACAAUCAAAAAGUAAACCUAGAAGAAAGAGAUCUCUCAUAAAAAGAAAGAGAAAGUAUAACAAAAAUAAUUACAGUCAAAUUAAGAACCAUUAAUUGAGAAAGUUGAAUAACCAGAUAACACAGAAGUAGAAUCAAUUUAAAACGAUUUCACAGAAUUUAUGAAGCAACCUUCCAAUGAUUAAACUAUCACAGAAAUUGAAACAGAAAAUUUGUAUGAAAUUAAUCAUGCGGACUUGUCUUAAAUUUCAUAAGUUAAAGAAGAUUCAAAAUUGACCUUUCAACUCAAAAUCAAUGGCGAAUUCACUAAUUUAAAUUGUACAUUUGAAACAUUUGAUUAAACAAUGAACAUUUUAAAUUCAUCAUACACCUCAGAACAAAUUAAACAAAUCAAAAUCCAUUUGUUGUUAAACCUAUAUGAUGAAAACGAAGACUGUUCUUGUAGACUCUGGUGUCUAAAGAAACUCUUAUCAUAUAACUGAUGUUAUAACUUCCUUCAAAUUUGCUUUGUGUGUGAUUUAUUAUGUCAUUUCAUUAAAUU